CCACGACGCACAUUCGUCUCUACGUCAUUCAUACGUUCACGCAGGAGAAAAAUGGCUGCUCCCUAGAUUGGAAGAAUUUUUUCUCAAAUGUCUAUUUUUGCAAAUUGAAGAUGUCAACAACUGACACACAGCAAGACACAAUGCCUGUGUUCCAGAAGGCACAGAGUAUCCCUGAUGAUCCAAACCAACAGAUGGAGAUUCCCAAGGAAGACACAAAACCUGUGCUUCAGAUGAAACACACGAAUCCAGUGGUUCUAAAGAAGAAGAAGAAGAAAAAACCACAGAUUCCAAGGAGAAGGAAAAAACCAGAGGAUCCCAGUAAGCCAGUCCCUUUAAAUCUCAAUAAUGAGGUGGUGAGGAUGAGGAAGGAGGUUAGAAGGGUGAGGACGCUGGUCAUCAGAAAGUUGAUUAAGCAGAUAGCACAUCUGAAGAAGAAGAAGGGUAAAGAGGAAGAUCUGGAGAGGAAUCGUAGGAGGGGAGCCAGACUGCUGGAGGAAAUCCAUGUGAUGAAGAGACUAAAAUCUGAUCCGGUUACCAAGGCUGCCCUCCAGAAGAACCUGAGCUUUGAGUUUGUCUGUAAAAAUCCAAAGGCCACCAUCACUGAUAGAGCCAUAGUCCGUAUCGCCACUCAUCCCCAGUUUAGCAAGAAGAUAGACACCCUUAAAGCAGCCAUCAAAGCCUUUAAGGAUGACAGGAUGACAGUGCUGAAAGGAGAAAAUGAGACGGCUGGGAAAAAGGAGCCUGAAACGGAGGUAAAGGUGAAAGCACUGCCAAAGGACAGUGAGGAAAAAGAAGGGGUGGAUGAAAGUGAUGAGAAGGUGGAAGAAAACAAAGGAGAGGGUGAUGAGGAGCAAUAUGGAAUACUCGCGGAGAGCCAGAGUCUAAUGCUUAAUACCGACUCUCCCACAGAGAAUACCGACUCUCCCACAGAGAAUACCGACUCUCCCACAGAGAAUACCGACUCUCCCACAGAGAAUACCGACUCUCCCACAGAAAAUACCGACUCUCCCACAGAGAAUACCGACUCUCCCACAGAGAAUACCGACUCUCCCACAGAGAAUACCGACUCUCCCAAAGAGAAUACCGACUCUCCCAAAGAGAAUACCGACUCUCCCAAAGAGAAUACCGACUCUCUCAAAGAGAUUACAGACUCUCUCAAAGAGAAUACCGACUCUCCCACCGAGAAUUUAGCAUCUUCUCACUCCAAGGAGAUGUCAGAGACCCUGAAGUCUUUGACAGACAGUGUAACUCCUUUCAUGAUAGAGGCUCCACAAAUAGCACCUAUGAAGAAAAUGGAAACUGAAAAACCCACAGCACAGAAGGCGGCACCGUUAACACAGCAGCUCGCUAAGGAAACACCAACCCCUCAGAAGACACAAGAUCUCAACCCACUGAAAGACUCUAAACCCCAAAGGGAAGACUUCAGAAACAAGGAAGAGGCACAAGAAAAUGAGGAGGAGGAGGAUGUAGAGAGUGACUUGGAGUCUUCUGACGAAGACAGCGAUGAAAAGGAGUAUUUUGAUGACAGCACAGAGGAGCGCUUCCAUAAGCAGUCCUCACAGUCAGAGGAAAGUGACGACGACGACUUCUUCCUCGGGAAAGUCUCUAAGCUCAAGAAUAAAAAGAGGAGGGACACGGCUGCAGCGCCACCUGGACACGAGGUGGGUUCCAGCUCUGUGACGGGGGAAAACCCACUGCUACAGCCACUGGACAGCUUAAAACCACACCAGACAGAACAAGACAAACUGGAGGACAGGCUGAACUCCAAGGCCACGUUCACAUCUGUUUUCUGCUCCAGUCUGUCUGGGUCCAGAGGAUGGGGAGAUGGAGGCAGGGGUUCGGGUAGGGACGGAGGCAGGGGUUCGGGUAGGGACGGAGGCAGGGGUUCGGGUAGGGACGGAGGCAGGGGUUCGGGUAGGGACGGAGGCAGGGGUUCGGGUAGGGACGGAGGCAGGGGUUUGGGUAGGGACGGAGGCAGGGGUUCGGGUAGGGGUGGAGGCAGGGGUUCGGGUAGAGGCAGAGGCAGGGAACCCUGUGCCUUUCCUUCACAUCAGGCUCCAGAGCAGGCAUUGCACCCGUCAUGGGAGGCCAGCAAGAAGAGGAAGGAACAGCUGACACAGAUAGUAGCCUUCCAGGGGAAGAAGAUUAAAUUUGAUGAUGAUGAUUAAGCUGGCUACAUUUAAAUCAGCCUGACCCGCACAUACGCUCUGUCUCUACAUUUGCUAUUAUCGUGUAUGUGACCGUUAUGGGGAAAGUUUCAGUAUUCAGUUUCACUGUCAUUCCAUUAGCCGAUCCCUCCCAGUGAUCCAACCGAUUCAUCAGGAUUGAUUUCCAUGGUAAAUUGAGGUUUCUCAGUUCAGCCUUAUAACCAUCUGUAGUAUUCUGCUUUUACAGUGGUUGGCUGAACUGGCCAGGUAGAGGAUGUGGCCAGGGGUAGUUCGGAAGUGACCAUGUGACUGUAACAAAUCAAAUGCCCAUGUAGUUUUUGCUUAAUGAAAGGACAUAGAAAUUGACAGCUGUGUGUGUGUUAUUAUCAUCCUUUGGUUAAUUAUAUUUUCUGUAUUUGUUAAUUUUAGCACAAAUGUAUUUAAACAUGGCUGUAAUUAACCAUGGAUGACUCCUAUUGUACAAUUCCAGGAUUACAUUCAUUUACGUUUUUGUGUUGGUACAUUCAUUAAAACCGUUUUGAACAUUGUGA